AUGGUGUCUCUUUCCAAGGUUGCUUUCGUCACCUUUGGGGUGUUUCAAGGGGCAAAUGCGUGGGGUGUAUUGGGCCACGCAACUGUUGCCUACGUUGCACAACAUUACAUUUCUCCUGAAGCUGCUUCAUGGGCAAAACAAGUUCUCAAUGACACCUCCGACUCAUACCUAGCAAGCAUUGCUUCUUGGGCAGACAACUAUCGCCUUACAGCUGCCGGCAAAUGGUCAGCUCCCUUGCAUUACAUCGAUGCCAUGGAUGACCCCCCAACAAGCUGCAACCUGGACUACGAGCGUGACUGUCCAGAGGAAGGCUGCUCAAUUUCUGCCAUUGCCAAUUAUACUCUGCGUGCAGGCAAUAGCCAACUUAGCACUGCCCAAACUGCCGAAGCUCUCAAAUUCCUCGUGCACUUCAUCGGUGAUCUCGCGCAGCCACUGCACGACGAGAACUACGAGGUCGGCGGAAAUGGCAUCGCAGUCACCUUUAACAACUACAGUGACAACCUUCAUUCAGACUGGGAUACAUACAUGCCUGCAAUGCUGGUUGGCGGUAGUUCGCUCGCCGAUGCGAAGGGAUGGGCUGGCAGCCUAGUUGAUGAAAUCAGCUCCGGUGCCUACAAGAAGCAAGCUAAGAAAUGGACCAAAGGCGAUGAUAUCAGUAAUACCAUCAAGACUGCCAGCCGAUGGGCGUCGGAGGCGAAUGCACUUGUUUGUACUGUUGUUAUGCCGGACGGAGCUGCUGCCCUGCAGACUGGCGAUCUCUACCCGGGAUACUACAACUCCGCUAUCGGCACGAUCGAGCUGCAGAUCGCCAGAGCGGGCUAUCGACUGGCCAACUGGCUUGACCAGAUCUACAAGAAAAAAGUUGCUAAGCAGCAUAAGCCAGGGAAAUCCGACAAAGGGCCCCGGGAUGCAGCUCCUGAGCCCGAGUUUGUCCGCGGGUCGCUCGAGUCUCGUCAACUGAGUCGCGCAAAUCUGGUUAGAGCUGCUAUGGGAGGAUCAUGCUGUAAAUCAGAGGGACGUGAGCACAGUCAUUGA